UGUGACGACACCUUCAGCAUCCAAGACGAAUUUGGCCAUUGCGAUAAGAGGACCGUCUCCGGCAGUUCUGAUGUGUCACAUUUUGCUGAAGGAUUCCAGAUCGAAUUAAGCAGGUCCUGUGAGCCCCCACUCAGCAAAUCGGUGUAUUCUAACAAAGGCCUCACCUGCGUGAAGACUCUUCAAAGCACUUUAUUCCCAGUACACCCAGAUGGAAUAGUCUGUAAACCAGAGGAACUUUGUGAAGAGGUUUUCUUGGAAUAUCCCAGCCUGAAAGACAUCAUGAUGAAGAAAAUGGAGGAAGUAUCACCUUCCCUGGGGAUCCUGAUCUUUUCAAGAAGCUGGGCUGUUGAUGUUGGGCUGCAGAAGCAUCCGUAUGUUUCCUAUGAUAUCCUCUUAGUCGCCGCAGAUACCUUCCCAACUCUAUACACGGUUACUGUGGAUAAGGAUUAUUCUGUUUCUUCAACAGUCCCUGCGUUGGAAUAUUCAAGGAAUGUUGCCUGUACAUUAAAGCAGAAACUGGUGAAUGAAGGGGGAUACACUCAGAAAGUGUGUGUGUUUCCACAUGUCAUUGAGCUUAGAUCCAAUGGAGAGAUAAAGACAGAUUUGAGUUGGCCGGUCACAUACCCUCUUGGCUACCUGGUCUCCAGGGAUGGUUUAGAAGGACUGCUGCAAGCCCUUGUGAUUGCCUUGCUAAGGUUUAGGUCUUUCUUAAGUGACCAGAUUGGCUGUGAAUUUUUUAACCUUCUCACCUUUAAACAAUAUGAGAUCCUAACUAAGAAUCUCCAUAAGAGCAAGAAACUGUUCAUCUACGGCCUUCCAGGAUCAGGGAAAACUGUCGUGGCCUUGCAGAUCAUACAGAAGAUAAUGAACAUUUUCCAGUGCAGCUCUGGUGAGAUCCUUUACAUUUGUGAAAACAGACCUCUGUGUAAGACCGUGAGAUAAGCAUUUUUAGUGGGAAUCGUGUGCCAGGCUGUGACACGGACGGACUUUUUAAACGGGGACUACUCUCAGCCAGUGAAGCACGUUGUAAUUGACGAGGCCCAGAGUUUCCAGUCAAAAGAUGGAGAUUGGUAUGGCAAAGCUGUGAAGCUUACAGCAGUGGAUCCUCAUAAGCCUGGUGUUUUAUGGAUCUUCUUGGAUUAUCUACAGACAAGCCACACUGAAGCUUCUGGCCUCCCAGACCCAUCUAAGCAGGAACCUCAGGAGUGGCUAACCACGGGGGUUCGGAAUGCCACCCAAGUAUACGACGUGAUGAUGCACGUAACAGAAAUGAUUGCAAAUGACAGACCUGAACAUAUUAAAAAAUUGGUUGACAAAGUUUGUCAUGAUAACAGCCAAAUGUUUUCGAGUGCUGUUCAUGUAUGUGCUGCUGUGAUAGAACUUGUGCAGGAAAAUUUAAGUUCCCCCAAACAACCUGAUAUUCUUUACGACCAGUUAAAAUGCCUGCAAGCAGAUAUUCAGCCUGGUAUCACCAUGAAAGAAUAG